GCGUUGGCCUGGACGUGGCAUCUUUAGAAGACAGAAGAGCUGCGCCCAUUCCCUGUCCGGUUACAUUAAAAUACGUUUACAUUUAUCUUUUAGGAGAUCAAUUUCUAUAAUUCAGCGGUAAAGCGGGGCUCUUUCGCAAAAUGGGGCUGACAAUUUCGUCGCUAUUUUCCAGACUUUUCGGCAAGAAACAGAUGAGAAUACUUAUGGUUGGUUUGGACGCUGCUGGAAAGACCACUAUCCUCUACAAACUGAAGCUAGGCGAAAUUGUAACCACUAUUCCAACCAUCGGCUUUAAUGUGGAGACAGUUGAGUACAAGAACAUCUGCUUUACCGUGUGGGAUGUGGGCGGUCAGGAUAAGAUCCGGCCCCUGUGGAGGCACUACUUUCAGAACACACAGGGCCUUAUCUUCGUAGUCGAUAGCAACGACAGAGAGAGAGUAGCAGAGUCGGCAGAAGAGUUGUCGAAAAUGCUGCAAGAAGAUGAGCUGAGAGAGGCAGUGUUGCUGGUAUUUGCCAACAAACAGGAUCUACCCAACGCCAUGGCAGUGAGCGACCUCACAGACAAACUGGGCCUGCAGAGCUUGCGCAGCAGAACUUGGCAUGUGCAGGCUACCUGUGCUACCCAAGGCACAGGACUUUACGAGGGACUGGACUGGCUAUCCAACGAGCUGUCAAAACGCUAGAGGAGAGAGCAAAAAACAGGAGCGGGGUCGGAGUAAACAAGAGAUGUGAACACGCCCAGAGAGAGGGGGUGUGGCAUGUGCUGAGAAUUCCAUCAGAAGAAAAUGACAACUUUUUAAAUUAUCGGUGUGUCUGUCUGGUAGAACUUGGAGUUAUGGACUUUGCGAUCAGUUCCUGUUCUGAAACACUUUUCUUACUUCAUUCUUCUGUUUUAUUCUGUGUUGUACUUGCAGAUGUUUCUUAGACUGUUUAUAUCUUUAUUUUUACCUCCCAACUCCCCUCCUAAAAUUUGUUUUUUUGAGUUGCAUGUUUUCAGAAGGGGGGAAAACACCCAAACAAAAAUAGAAUCAUAUGAUGGUUGUGCUGAUUUUGAUUGUUGUGAAAUGAACAGGAGGUUUGCGAGGUGGGUCAAAGUGAACAGGAAUUUGUUAGACCAUCAGUGCAUAUUGGAGGGCAGAGGCCUGUCUUGGGGUACAAGCCUAAUCUGCCUCCCUGGGAUUGGUUGACUCAUUCCAGGGGGUUGGACCUGAAUGCCAUUUCCAUUUCUAAACAAUGUGAAGGUAGCUGCAAGGUAUUCAGUCAUUUUAAGGGCCAUUUUGAUGCAAUAAAAUAUUUUCUUUCCUUUUUCCCUCAACUAUUGAAAUGCUAUUGCUUGUAUCUAGUGGGUAUAUACAGGGAUCCCGCAAUCUCUUAAAAAGUCUAACAUUCAGAACUUUAAAUUUAAGGCCUUAAAAACUGAUUUUUAUCCGAGGUCUUUAAUUUGAUUUAGUCUAAAAAAAGGUUUUACCCUCGCUCAUUUCCAGAAACGCUGGCCGCAGAAAGUUAUUACAAAGUAGUAAAAAAGUAUGGAGUCGUAGCCUACAAAGCGGAGCUCUAGUGUCCAGGGUUUCAAUUUAGGGGACUUGCCCCCCUCUAAUUAAGACUUGGACCCCCCCCCCCCCCCCCCCUCAAAGAGGUAAAAACAACAGGUUGGGGGGGUCGAUACAUUUAUAUAUCGUUCUUACCUGUAAUCGUAAAAAUCAUAAACAUUUGGACCCAGGCAGUUGCGGUACUGCACCAGCAUGCCUGAAAGAGCAUGCAUACUUACCCAGUGAGCUAACAGGGGAGCACUGCUUUCUUCUGGUUUUAUGACACCUCAACACUGCAGGUUAUUACAACUAGAUAGUUCAACACAUUUAAAUGUUGAGUGGAGAUUGUUAUGAUCCCUGGUAGCUCAGUGGUUAUAGAUGUGGGCUACUGUGAGAGGGGUCUUGUGUACAAAUCUGGCUGAAGGAUCUUACAGCUCAAUUUUUGCUCUUCGACUUUUAAAUAAAACUCGAAUUAUAAAACUGA